AACCUACCAAUCAGAUAACGGCUUACAUGUCUUGUGAAAAACGAAAGCUACGACCUGAUUGGUCGCUGUGGGUUUUGUUCAGGAAAGUCAACAGUUGGACCAGGAAGUAAGUUAUUGCCAGCUGCUGUAGUACUACAAGUCCCAGAAAGUCACAUGACUUGUUUGUACAGGCAGCAGGUAGAAGCGGCCACUCCUGCAUUCCCGGGCCCCUCCUCUCCAGCGUCUGUUCCUCUCUCUUCCUCCCCAGCUCGGCAGCUACAAGUCCUGCCCUCCUCCCAGCUCUGCUGUCCCCGGGCAUGGAGCUGGCACUGCCCCCUUCCUGCGGUAAAUGCAGCCUCUGAACUGCGCAGCACAUUGGUGACUCUUCGGAAUGAAUCAUUGGUGGAGAAUGAAGAAACGUGUCAGGGAAUCGUCCUACUCUUCAUCAAUGAGACAACUCACUUGGUGUGUGACAGUCAGUGGAACCCACAGUCUCCUCUUGCACAUGUCGUAUGCAAAGAAUCAGGAUGUGGGGUUCCAAAUUCUACAUGGACACUAAUGUAUUCUCUAAAGAACUCCUAUGAGGCUGUCCAAGGUGUACAAUGUAAAGGAAACGAGUCCAGCGUGAAGGAGUGUGAGAAUGGAGGAGAAGCAGUGUCGGUCUGUAACCCCCAGAAGAGCAUUGCUGUGGUCUCCUGUAAGCAGAACGUCAGCGACCUCACAGAUGUGAACUCAUGGAGACUGUCCAGGGGCCGCACGUCUUGUGAUGGACAUGUAGAGGCCUUUACAGGUGACAGAUGGAGUCCUGUGUGUUUUGACAACAUCAAGAAAACUGAAGCUCCUCUGCUCUGUCAGCAGAUGGGCUGUACGCCGCAGUCACCUGUUUUCUCGCCACUAAACAAAGUCCGGUCAUCUGUGGAGCCUGUGACUAUUCAUUGUCUGGAGAAUGGGAGCUCUCUCUGGGAAUGUGACAGCAAUGCGCUUCAGACAUGUCCAUCUGGCUUGACAACCUACCUGCAGUGUAACCGCUCUCGAAUGGAGGAGUCUUGGCUUGUCUGGCUCACCAUAUGUCUCGCUGUCAUAAUGAUCCUGGUUUUCUGCUGGAUUCGGGUAGUCAAGUCAUGGAAAUGUUGCACUCAAUGUUUUCACAAGAACAGGCUUUACCUUUUCUGUAAAAAAUCCCUUCCGCCUCAUGGGACUCGGAGGAACAUUUAUCACAGGGAGCCCCCUGAUGUCAAUGUCCAGGAAACCAAUAGUCCUCCAUCUUCUCCAGGAAUCAUCCAGGAUCCAAGUGAAGUGAAUGCUUUGCUGGCUCCUCAUGGUUUCCGACUGAAUAACACCAUCACCCCUCCGCCCAGCUACAUGCACGCACUGCGGGUUUUGUCCCGUCCCCUGGAGAACACACAGACUCCGCCCCCGAGUUACCUCGAAGCGCUCAAGAUUCUGUCCCGACCGAUAUUGGUUCAUGUCAACGCCACAGAGUGUAAUGAGGAGAAAGAGGACCUGGAUGUUCUUACUCCUAAAGAGAAGGAAGAGGAUUCUUAAUGUCAGUCAGGAAAUUGUUCUUUUAUUUUAUGAUGAACUUUAUUUAUAGAUAUGAACUGGAGCUUUUUAUAAAUAUAUUAGCAGUAAAUACCUCACAUUACGGGUCUCUUUUUAUUAUAUGC